CAACAUCCGACCGACCGCGCGACAGCCUCCGUCGCAUUCCUUUUACGAUGACAAUGGCACAAGAUAUGGACGAGAUGCACAAGCGGCCUAAGGGCAUUCUCAAGAACUCGAGCUCGCACAGCGUUCUUCGAGCGUCGCACGCCAGUGAAACUCUCGCCCCGCCAACCCCGGCUAUUGAAACCGCGGACAACAAGGAGCUCACCCUCCAAAACACCCUCCAGAAUGCCGGGCGCCGUCGAUCGUCCUCCAAUACUCGUCCUGGCACCUCCUCUCGCCGCCAGUCCCUCGCCGACGUCAAGGACGAUGAAAACUCCCCGCGACUGAAAUGGGACGAAGCGAAUCUCUACCUCACGGAGCAAGAGAAGACCGCCAAGAUGAAGAUCGACGAGCCCAAGACGCCCUACGCCCCGCGCUACGACCCGGCCGAGGACGAGGAUGAGAUGCAGCUUGCGGAGGCGGAAGAGAAACUAAUCGAUGCACAGGAUGUGGUGGUGGAUGAACUGGACGAAUCGACGAAGGCGCCCAAGAAGGCUGUUGCGGAGGAUGAGAUCCCCGAGCUAGAGCUGGGAGACCCGGAGGAAUCUCUCGCCAGCGGGGCGCAUGCCCGGGGGGAUGGUCGGAUCGUGCGCGGCCGCAGCCUGAGCAAUGAGUCGCACCGAAGUGACAAGCACGUGGUGGUUGGUGCCGGAGAGGCGAAUGGGGAGGCUGGUUUGGGCGAGGAUGGGAUGGUCACCGCCGAGGAGGCUCAGGAGAAGCACCGUCAGUUCGAACGGCAGCGGAAACGACACUACGAGAUGAGAAAUAUCAAGGAACUUCUAGCGUACGUGGACGGCUUGUCCGCUGUUAUCCCCUCUCCUAACCCCUCCCCCUUUCCCCCUUUCCAGUGCGAUCUAACCUGACGGUGGUUCUAGGCAUCCCGAGAACUUGGACGAAAUGGACGAGGACGAGGAUGAGGCAGAAGACGUUCAGUCGCCCCCGAUCCCUCCUCCGGUGCCCCAGAUUCCCGGGAAGUUCUUGAACGGAACGAAGUAAAGACAUGCCCGACACGGA